AUGAUAGGUGUAUCUAGUCUGUUUAUCGAUAAAGAUAAUUUAAAUCAGGAAAAAUUUGAAAAUGAAAAUGAUGAACAAAAAUUAUCAAGACCAUUCAUCGAUCCAAGUAUAACGAGUAUUAUUCUUUUUUCUGGUCAAGGUACACCAUUUGUUAUAAAAAAUUGUGUCGUAACAGUUGAUUUUAGUAUCGGUGAAAUAACAGCACUUCUCUAUGCUAGUUGUAUGACGUAUAAAGAUGGUCUUCGUUUAAUUAAGACUCAUGCUAAAUCAAUGCAACCAUCAUCAAAUGAAUAUUUUGAUAUAAACGAUUCUACUAAUGAUCACGAAGAUGGGAAUACAUUGAAUUGCAAUGUUUAUCAACUUGCUCGACGAUUGAGAAGAACGAAACCAAUUAUAUCAAAAUUUGAAUUUUUACCAAAUGAAUUAAUAUUAAACUUAUUUGAAUAUUUAUAUUGUGAUGAUAUCAUCUAUGCAUUUAAUAAUCUUAAUUAUUGUUUUCAAUUAUUAUUACAUUCAUAUGAAUAUUAUCAUUUAAAUUUUGAUCAUAUAAUAAUGAAAUCAAAAUUUAAUCUUAUUGAAAAUUUACCACUUAACAUUCAACAUGUUAAAUCAUUAACAUUAUCGAAUAAUGUUUAUUCAUGUACAAAUAUUGAACAAUGUUUAUUAAAAUAUCCCAUAGAAUUAUUUUAUAUUAGACUUCAAUCAUUGUCAUUUAUUCCGAGGGAUACUGAUCAAUUACUAUACCUUAUUUUAUUAUUACCAAAUUUUCAACAAUUAAAAUAUUUAUUAGUAUCUGAAAAUAAAUUUUAUUAUAAGUCUGACUAUGAUACAAAAAACAAAAUUCGUGAUAUAAUAUUAUUUGAAAUAAAAACAUUAAAAUACUUUACAUGGGAUGGUUCUGGUUAUGAGUUUAUAGGAGUGAAUGAAACAUUGUUAAUACAAAAAUCAACUAUCGAAUAUUAUGAAUUUGACAGAAAUACUAUAAAUAUUAAUGAAUUAAUCGAAUCAUUUAUGACAGAUUUUUGGUUAAUAGAAAAAAAAUGGUUUGUUACAUGUGAUUAUUACAUGAACGAAAGUAGCUUAUAUAUCUAUACAGUACCAUAUAUGAAAAAUAAAUUAAGAUAUUCAACAUCAUGUCAACGAAUAUUAACAGCAAAAAUAAAUGAUAUGUCAAAUAUUCGUCAAUUAAUUUUACAUGAAAUUAAAACAAAAGAUAUAAUAUCAAACGAUCAUUUUACCAAUCUACAAUCAUUAGAAAUAUGGAAAAUAUCGGGUGAUAUAAGCUAUGAUCAAUUGAAUCGAUAUUUAAAUAUAUCAUCAAUUAAAAAUAUAGUAUUUAAAACUCGAAUUAAUUCAAAUUUAUUCUAUGAUAUUUUAAAAUAUAAUACAACACAAAUAUCAAUUGAAAUAGGAAUUGAUUUUUGGUGCGUAAUGGAAUUAACAGAAAAACAAAUGAGAAAAAUAUGUUAUUUAUUUUCAAAUAUCGAACAAUUAAUUAUUAAAAGAGCAUUUAAAUCAAAUGAAUUGAUAUCAUUAUUAAUACGCAAAUUGAAACAUUUAUCUUUUUUGAGUAUAAAUUAUUCGAAAUUUGCAGCAUCAACAGAAACAAACAAUUCAGAUAUUCGACAAUGGUUAAUAGAUCAAUCAAGAACAAAAUUAAAUGAAAAUAAUUUUAUUUGUAAAUGGUCUGAAGAACAAUUUGAUUUAUGGAUCGAUUAA